AAUAAACUACACAUGACUAGCACGAUAUGCGUCUCAUUUUCUGCGUGCGAAAAUUAUGUUUAAUGCCAUUUUUUAAUGCGAGUACAUUGUCGCACGAUGGUUGCACGUAUGUGAUGGUAAUGCGAGGCAUUUUGUGUGUUCGAAAGAGCACCUUAAAGUUUUACAUUACGUGACUUACGACAAUUUGCGUUUUGUGCGUGAAAAAGUGCACCUUUAAUGAGCGUUCUUCACACUAUUGGGACUAUUCACCCAUUAUCGAUCUAGCUGUCGAUGUAUCAACACGUCCUCGUGGUCGUUGUUGUUAUUUAGUUUGGUGAUAGUGGUGUUAACUGAAUAUUUGGAUUACAAGAAGUUUGUCAAAAAGGGUGUCUACUAACUAAUUCCGGGAAAAAUUUAAAUUAUGCGGUAAAGCAGUUAAUGACUGACGAACUUGUCAGUCAAUUUUCCUGGCCCGGAAGCAAAAAAAGUGAGAAAUUCGGAGACACUAAGAUUUCCAAUCUUCUGUUCGAAUCAGCGAGACAGUGUACUUUUUUUGUUGGGCCUCACAGUAUUUCUGAAUUUAAAAACGAGAUGCUCGAAGUGCUCCGAAUUACCAAACAAAGAUACAGGAAUAGGAAUAAUAACAAGAAACAAGAAGAAAAUUUUGAAGAAAUGGAUUCGGAGGAUAUAUUAGAAGAAAUUAAGCGGUUACAGGAAUUGGAUCAGGUCAAUGAUGUAGAUGAUAUUUCUGCAAAUGACGGGGACGACGAGAUAGUCUCUGAUGACACAGUAUAAUGUUAGUUCCCAAAAUUUGAUUUUCAGGUGGAAGAGAAGCAACAGCAUUCAUUUGGAAUUCUCGUCUACAAUCUCCUUUAAUUUCAUCUCCAUUCUCAAGUCGGUCAGCGAAGUCAAUAGGACAGUAACAUCUUUCAUCCUUCGGAGUGUCCUCUUCUUGUUUACGAAGAAAAUAAUGCGGACAUACAACUGCUAAAAUAAUCAAUUUGAUGUAGUCACUAGGAAAAUUUUCUGAUGAAGGUGGAAGAUUGAGGCUUCUAUCAAAAAUACAUUUAUCUCAAUUACUUCUCCUGACUCCACCAUCACUCUUGCUUCCUCUUCCACCAACAUCUACUACAAUGAAUUUUUAUUCCGCAUCACAAACAGCCAUUAAUAUUAUGCUGCUCUUUAUAAUUGUAAUUUAUUGACCACAUGUAAGGUUGAACCUAAAAAUUGAAAGUAUUGCAAGAAUUAAGAAAGAUUAUAUAGACGAUUCCAAACGCAAUUAAAGUUAACAUGUCAAACGUGAAUUUGUUUUUUCAUUUGUAAAAGUAGAAA